AUGAGACCACCAAAGAUUUCUUUGGUUACCGUUCUGUCGGUAUUCCUGCUACUCUCUUGCCUUCUUGGCAGCGCGGCUGCAUCUCCUCGCCAGCAGCGCCCAAGUCGUCACCGGGUCGUGCGCAGCAACCGUUUCGUUGAGGCUCGCCAGCCUAAUGAUGACUAUGGCCCCCCUCCCCAAUACUACACGGGAGAGCCUGCUAUUCCCACUGAGAUGACCUCCUAUUCCACUUCGAAGGAAACCACAACAACGGAUAUCGGCACUGAAUCCUCUGAGGCUAGUGUGACCUCUCAGUCACACGCAUCUUCCGGAAACUAUACUGUUUCUCUCGGAAUUUCCACUCCUUCUUUGUCUACUCGGUUUGAUACCAGCAUCGCUGUGCCCUCUGCUGCUUCAAGUGCCAAGGCUGGCAGUACAACUAGCUCUGAGGCAUUAACAUCCGUUGAUACCACAUCUUCUGGAUUAUCUCGUGUGGCCGGAACUUCUGGUGAUGAGGCUUCUGAAACUGCAGGUGACCAUAUGUCUACCUUCUGGAACAACAGCACUUCGCCUAUCAGCACUCGUUCCUCUGCUGUCAGUGAUUCCGAUUCCACCAGCAUGACUGGAACUGCCUCAUGGGAGACGGAACGCUCCUCCGCCAGUGUUUUGCCAGUCACAGUUUCCAGCAUCAUGACCCUAACAGAGACAACCACAGAGGUCAUCUCACUCACAGAUACUGCCUCGAGUCUCGAGGUUUCAGGUAACACCAAUGUGACAGCCAGAACUUCUUCUACUGCUGAGGUUGAGUCAUCCUCGGAAGUCUUUACGUCACUGGAGGAAAGCUCACAAAUGACUGCCUUGACCACGACUACAACAAGUAUUCUCAAUACCGCUGUGACAGUCACAGAUGUGGGAGACUCUACCGGACUGACAUUUUCGUCCACGACCUACCUCACGCCGACCAAUGGUUCUUCGAGUGUUGCUACCUCGUUUGGGCUUGUAUCAGACGUCUCAUCGAAGACUUCAGCCACUGCAGCUUCGGGUUCAGUCGUGACAAGCGCAUCACAAGAUGGCCUAACUGAAAUCUCCGGUUCCGAGUCCACGCAAAAGACGUCUCUUGUCGCCAGUGGCUCCCGCAAUAGAACUGUCAUUGUUACUACAACUACUUAUUUGACUUCAACACUUGAGACUGCUACUCUCUCCACUGAGUUUUCCAACCAGUCCGGUGACUCCUCUGUUGUUACCUCCGAAGGGCUAUCGAGUGCUAGUACUGGAGAGCCUUCUCAGACUGUUACUUCAUCGACUUCAACGAUGUUUAGUAGCGUUACGAACAAAGGAUCUGCCGCGAUUACCUUCGCAUCGUCUGAUGUAGAGUCUUCUACUUCCUUCAUGUCUACCUCUACACCGAACGGAAGUUUUGUGGGUUCUGAAUCAGAUAUCACCACACUCACCAUUCAAACCACUUCAGACUUCUCAGUUGAAUCCAGCUCUCUGCCAGUUAACGUAACGUCGAACGUAGUCACCAACUCGCUUACAACUACAACAAUCUCAGAAACUCCGGUCAUUACUAUCAUCCCUGGCGGUGUUUCCCCAUCAAGCAAUGUCACAGGUAUGACUAGUGGCUCUGUCUCGACAUCUACUGCUUCACUUUUCAAUUCUUCAAUGACCCGUAUGGAAGUUUCAUCUUCCCAAGAGACCAGCUCGUUGUUCGAUUGGCCCACUUCAACAUUAGUCGAGUCACAUCGUUCCCUGCCUACUAUCGGACUUCCCCCAGUAUCUUUCACGAGUUUUUCGUUUUCGAUCAUCACCACUCCCAUGACUCCACCUAGCAUGGCAACUGGCUCAACAUCGCCACCUUUUGAAAACGCAACAGUGAUCAGUUCUACAUGGACUUCAACCAUCACGACUAGCCUCGGGCCAACAGGUUUGACUUCUACCAAGCUUACAGCUGCUCAUAGCAGUAGUGGUUACAACUUUUCCAAGACCACAGAAUCUGAUAUGAGUUCAGUUAGGUCUUUGUCCACAUCUGCCAGCAAUCUUACAGACAUAAUCACUUCCAUCGUUACCAGGCAACCUACCAAUUUGCCCUUCCCGACCAACACCUCCAGUGGAUGGAAUUCAACAGUGUCUCCGACAUUACUGACCGAUUCCACCAAGACCACCAACUCUCAAGGCCCGCAAACCUCGCUGUCCACAGCUGGUUCAGGCUUGAAUGCUACUGCUCCGUAUGCCAACUCGACGUCGACUACAAAUUCCGCAACAUACUCUCCACCAUCUGGCAACGUGACCUCUUCCAAGCUGGCUGUCACUACUUACCGCUCAUGGAACGCUACCAACAUCGCUCAAGGGCCUUUCAACUCCACUAUUCAGACUGCCACUAAUGGUUUGAACGGGACGGCGACUGUUACGCAUUUCCCAACUACAGAUCAUAUUACUCUCACUACUAUAUCUGGCAGUGUCAUGACCAAAACGUACACAGAUAUCUUGAUGUCAAUAAUCACCCCCACAGACCCUGUGUUUUGGACGUCCUUGAACACGACAGUGGCUCCUCCUACUAUCACCAGCACUCCCGGAAUGUUUUCCACGCCUUACAAGGAAUCCACUUCGACAAGUGAACGGAAAUAUCAUACAUCAAACGCUACUCGGCACUCUGGAUCUGCCUCGGGCACGAAUGCACCCCCGUUCCCUAGCUCUAACUCGACUGCCACGGCUACGAUUACCUUUUCAUCGAUCGUUUCAUGGACUCCUGACCCGGAACCUUGGACAACGUGGUCGACUUGGGAUCUCACAAGAAAGCCAGGCUUCGUAACAUCAAUUGGUUUGCCCCGAGUGACUACUCGCAACCGGAGCAGUGAGACUUCAGAGUCAACUUCGUACACUCGCACUACAACAUUGUUUGUCACUCCUACUAUGGUAAAGCCAACUUCGUCCCGUCUCGUUACUGGUAAUCUCAGCAGCAAGGCUUCAGAUUCAACUUCUUAUACUCGCACCACAACGGUGGUCCUCACUACUACUCUAGCAGAUCCAAGCACACCUCUGUCUAGGUUCCAGAACACCACUGACGGUGCUUCAUCGUUCAUCUCCUACAUUAGCACCACAACUCUGGUUCUGACUACCACUUUGGAAGAACCAAGUACCUCUCGUUUGUCCAAUGCCGCAAUCACUUCGACUGCCUCGACAUGGAUGAACACAACCUUGGUAACUGUUCAUUCUUCGGAAGCAUCAACCUCGUUGUCCGAGGUAUCUGUUACCUUUCUUACUACUGGUAGUGCAAAGGGAGUAGCGACUUCCGCUGAAAACUCCGCCUUGGCGCCCUUCCCUGUGAUCAACUCGACGCUCUCCCGAGUAACAUCUUUGGCGAUUGAUACUUUGACGACCACAUACACUUCGGAUCGUUCAGUAAGCGCAGCUACUCCCUGCGAAUCUUCGUCUACGACCUCAUCGACUUACACGGAGUCACUGGACUAUCCUCCGUAUGAAUCAUCAUCAGCGGGCUCACCCACAACCGAUUGCUCGAGUGGACACUCGAUGUCAAGCUGCAAAACGGCGCAUUGGUCGAACAUGACUGAAACAUUUGGCGCGAAAGGCACAAGUACCUAUGGAUCGCUCACGACAUUCAAGACAGUCACCACCGUCCGGGCAGAGGAGUCCCAUUCGGUAUGGGAUGACUACCCUACCCCUACUGACAGAGUCACUCCGUCAGAUGUCGUGCCCGUGGACUCCAACUUUCCAUGGGGAAACGACUCCCUGAUUCACCGUCACCAAAACAUGUCCGAUGUAGGUAUCGGUCUUGACGGUGGAGGUGUGAGCAAGAGAGUUGAUUGGCGACUUCGAUGGGAGAACGUCAAGGACAAAAUCAACAGUUUGUGGCACGGGUAG